AUUGCCGCCGGCCGGCGGGUAAUAAGAAGGUGAAUUCGCCGUCUUGAGGCGGCGGCGACUUGGUGGUCGUCGCCGCCGCCGCCCCCCCAACCAGCGACAGCAGCCACAAGGCCCGGGCCGCCGUUGCCGCCAUCAUCCGGGUCACCCACCCUGGUGCAAAGGGGACACGGCUCCUUUAAAGGACCGGCUUCAGACGGUAAACGAGAGAGGCGGCCAUCUCAGGGCACGGGGCCCGCUUUUGAAGGGGGCAGCGGAAAGUGGGGCAGCUUUGCGACUCUGAAGAUUUUCUAUUCGGAACUUUUGAAGCAUGGCAAUUUUGAGGUCCUCUAAUUCAAGAAUUGUGAGUGAAUCCUGCGAAAAGAUGCCCUGGAGAAUCCUCGUCCUUGUAGCUGCUCUAGGCUUUUUGGCAAUCCCGGCUCCAUCCAUUUCCCUGACCUCGCAUGCUAACGACGACGGAGGGGACUCCAUCAGCAUUCAGUGCCUGGCCCCCGAGGGCCUCAAGGGAGCCACAUUCAUCCUGUUUAAGGGAGAGGAGGCAGUGCAGACGGUCCAGGCGCCGGAGACCCAGCACGGAAUCAACAUCUCACUGACCAACUCGAGCCGGGGGGCCCCCGGCCAAUACCGGUGUCAGUAUGUGGUGAUAGGUGAGAUCGGAAAGCAGUUCUCAAACUUGAGUGAGCCAGGGAACGUCACCUUUACAGUGCCCCUCUGGGUCUUGCCAGUCUCCCUAAGCCUGGCUGGAGCGCUAAUCCUCAUUGUGAUUCUGGUGGUGGUCAUCGUGGUGAUUAGACGAGUUAGAAUCGCCAAACUGCAGAAGAAAAGGCAGAGAGAAUCAUGCUGGACUGAAGCAAACUAUUGCACUACAGAUAUGUCAUUCAAUAACACCCUGUUCUCCAUUUCAAUGAAAAUGGCCCCAGAAGACCUGGACACUACUCUUGACUCUUUCACCAGCUCAUCUACGGGCCCCGAAUCACUUGUGCCCAAGAAGAGACCCAUGUCUACCUCCACCCCAGAGACCCCAGAAUUCACCACUUUCAGGUCUUUUGAAUGACUCUGGCUCUUCUGAGUCUUUCCCUGGCUUAACAGAGAAGGACCAGAAAGGAGACUCCCACAGGGAAGGCAAGCUCUGCACCAGUUGCCUGGCACACAACCCUAAACUUCCUCCUCUCAGGGAAUUUUUUUCUUGCUCUCAUCCAAGCUUGGAUCAUCAGAAUCCAAACACAUCCUUCUGGAAAUCCCAGCCUCAGCAGUUCUCUCCAGACAGGGCCUUGUCUGUUGAACAGGAUGGAGGGACCCACAACUUGCUGAAGUUGAGGGACAAGGCAGCCCUGGAGUUAAAGUAAAUCCUGGACAGAGAUAUUUUAAAGCUCUCCAAACCCCAGUCACAAGGGGAAGAAGAUACCUGUCUGCUGGGCUCUUACAGUUGCCACCAUCAUCAAUGGAGUGAAGCGAUAUUCUGAUAGGUUGCAAAAUCAGAAUUAGAUUCAGAACAAAAUCUUCUGCCCGGAUUUCCAGACUCUCAGGGGACGCCAAAUUACAGGGCAGAAGCAGUCUGCAAACUCAGUGCUUCCAAUGACUUGAUCCCUGUGAAGGGAAGGAUUCUCCCUGGCAACCACCACAUGUUGGACCAGGCCUCUGGGAUGUCCACUCUCACCCCCCUCCCCCGACACCUCCAUUUCCAGUUUAUAGAGUUAUGUGUGUUGUUCCAUUUAUUUCUCGUGUGACCACCAGACACUGGUGGGCAGAGCUUCCUAAGUUAUUCAGUUAAUUAUAAACAGUGUUGAAGCAUUUUCAA